GUCAGGUGACAGCGGCGGAGCAUACUUGGCAGAAGACGGAAGGCCAGCUCUCGGGCUGCCUUGGGACCUUGCAGAGAAGACCUGGGGCCAUGCGGUCCUCCGAGCAGCCCCAGCUGGCUCGCAGGCGCCUGGCGCUCCCGCUGCUGCUGUUGCUGCCCGCGCUCCUGCCGCGGUGCCGGGCCACCAGCACCCAGCGCUACGACCCCACGUGGGAGUCGCUGGACAGCCGCCCGUUGCCUGCCUGGUUCGACCGGGCCAAGUUCGGCAUCUUCAUCCAUUGGGGAGUGUUUUCUGUACCCAGCUUUGGUAGCGAAUGGUUCUGGUGGUAUUGGCUAAAGGAAAAAAGAUCAAAGUUUGUGGACUUUAUGAAAGAUAAUUACCCUCCUGGUUUUAAAUAUGAGGAUUUUGGGCCACUAUUUACAGCCUAUUUUUUUAAUGCCAGCCAGUGGGCAGAUAUUCUCCAGGCAUCUGGUGCCAAAUAUGUUGUCUUAACUACCAAACAUCACGAAGGCUUUACCUUGUGGGGUUCAGAGUAUUCCUGGAACUGGAAUGCCGUAGAUGAGGGCCCAAAGAGGGACAUUGUCAAAGAGCUUGCUGUGGCCAUCAGGAACAGAACCGACUUGCGCUUUGGACUCUACUACUCUCUUUUUGAAUGGUUUCACCCACUCUUCCUGGAGGAUGAAUCCAGUUCAUUCAAAAUGCGGCAAUUUCCAGUCUCCAAAAUGUUGCCUGAGCUCUAUGAGUUAGUGAACAAGUAUAAGCCUGAAGUUCUGUGGUCGGAUGGAGAUGGAGGAGCACCAGAUCACUACUGGAACAGCACUGGCUUCUUAGCCUGGCUGUAUAACGAAAGCCCUGUUCGGAACAUAGUAGUCACCAAUGAUCGAUGGGGAGCUGGCUCCAUCUGUAAGCACGGUGGUUACUAUACCUGCAGUGACCGUUACAACCCAGGACAUCUUUUGCCACAUAAAUGGGAAAACUGCAUGACAAUAGACAAGUUUUCCUGGGGCUACAGGCGAGAAGCUGGAAUCGGUGAUUAUCUUACAAUUGAAGAAUUGGUGAAGCAACUUGUAGAAACAGUUGCCUGUGGAGGAAAUCUUUUGAUGAAUUUUGGCCCCACACUAGAUGGCACCAUUUCUGCAGUUUUCGAAGAGCGACUAAGGCAAAUGGGAACCUGGCUCAAAGUCAAUGGGGAAGGGAUUUAUGAAACACGCACUUGGCGAUCCCAGAAUGACACUAUCACCCCAGAUGUGUGGUACACAUCUAAACCCGAGAAAAAAGUAGUUUAUGCUAUUUUUUUUAAAUGGCCCAUCUCAGGAAAGCUGUUUCUUGACCAACCCAUAGCUAGUCUGGGGGCAACAGAGCAUUUUCCUCCUUCUGGCACUCCACUCAACACAGGAGCAAUAGAAUCAAGAGUUUGUAAAACAGCAUGUAAAACUACUGGGCCAUGGACAGCCACUGACUUGGAUCUCCUCAGGGUCAAAUGGCAUUACGGUAGAACUGCCACAACUAAACUUUCAUCAGAUGCCCUGUAGGUGGGGGUGGACUCUAACACUCAGUAAUGUGACCUAACCUGCCGCUGAUUGGCACACGCCAUGGCUACCUCUUACCUCAGGAAGUGUCAGGUUUCUGGAAUAUUAGCACAUGGAGAAAGCAAGGUAAAAAUGAUCCAGGGAAAUGGAAUAAUUAUGCAAUGAAGCCUCCUUUCCUGGAUUCUUUCCUAAAUCACUCAUCAUACCAUUUGAACCCUUCAAUGCACUUUCCUAUAGUCUCUUCCUACUGAAUUCAUCCCUACAUGUGAAUCACAAGUGGCAAUUUUAGAGCAGUUACAAACUUAAAGCACUGUGGACUGAAUUCUCUCUCCACCCCCAUUCUCAUGUUGAAGCCCUGGUGCCCCAUGUAACUGUAUUUGGAAACAGAAUCAGGCAUAAGGCCCUAAUACAAUAGGACUUUUCCCUAUUAGGGAAAGACACUAAAAUGGAGGGGAAACCGUGUAUGAAGACAGUGAGAAGGUGACCACAUGCAAGCCGUGGAGAAAGGUGCAAAAGAAACCAAGCCUUUCCACAUCUUGAUCUUGGACGUCAGGCAUACAGAACUGUGGGAAAAUCAUUUUCUAUUGCUGAAGCCAUCCAGGGUGUCUCUCUCUCUCUCUCUCUCUCUCUCUCUCUCUCUCUCUCUCUCUUCUCUCCUCUUUCUCAUUGGCAAUCAUUAUAAUGCAGAUAAUAGCUAAUAAAUUUGGUCAGAUAUCUAUUUCUAAUGCA